CCUCUCUCCGUGCCAAGUCCUUGGAAACUCACCAUUUCACCUCCCCCAAGAUCGUACCUCGGCGAGUGAACAUCACCCACACACACCAGAGCGCAAGGGCAUAUUUAUUACCCCAGAUACUUGACGUAACACACCAUGGAUUGGCUCACGUUAUUAUAAUGUCCGAUCGCUUAACAGUCGGCACACAUGUUUGUGUUAGCUCCACGCAUUCAAGACUAACCAACUCGACGGCGUCACCUUUUCUCACUCGUACAAACCUACCUUUACCCUGCUGCCCACAUCACAAUUUAAUUUUAACAGCCUUACAAAUACACAUCCACCCCGGCCUCUGGGUCUCCAAAACCACCACUGCUACAACCUUUCCAAAGCCCUCCUUCUCAACUACAAUCCCGUCUCCAAAAAAUCUUGGCAACCAACGUCACAAAGCCCCCCCCAUCAUGGCUGCUCAACGUCUGUUGAACAUGGUCCAAAACGCCCCAAACCAGUCGUAGAACUCGGCCCCUUCUACAGCAGCGGCCUGCUGCACGCCGCAACCCGAGCCCUGCGGACACUGUUGUAGGGGGUUAUUGAACCUAGAUACGAGAGAUCUAGAGUGGACGAAAAGAUGUCGGACGGAAAGAACGGCAUGAACAUGGUUGCGCGUCGGAGCACGCGAGUCUUUGAGAAUGAUAUCGACGUAAGGCAGAUCGAGGACUCCGUGCCGGACGCAAGCGUUUGCUAUAUUAGGAAGGGAGAUGAGAAGUCUCAGGAGAGAGACAGCACCAGGCUCACCGAGAUGCUGGUACACACGCGCACGUCCUCUAUGUCCAGCUUGGCGGCGCCGGUGGACGGUGAAAUCAUCACUACUUUUCAAAGAGUGUCAAGGAGUGACUCUGAAGAAGCUUUCGGCGUCGUGAAGGGCGAGGUUGUGGAGAAUCCCAAGAUGUACGGUCGCCCUCGCAAUUUUGGAACCAUUCUCCCCGGAAUUUACAGGAGUGGCUACCCGGAAGCGGAAGACUAUGACUUCUUGAGGGAUUUAAGCUUGAGAACUAUCGUCACUUUGGUGGAUAAAGAUUACCCAGAAGGUUACCAGACAUUUAUGCAGUCAAGUGGAAUCAACCAUGUGGUCAUCAAGAUGGAAGGCACCAAGAAAGUCGAUAUUCCUCAGUCUGUUAUGAAUUCUAUUCUGGAAGUCGUCAUGGACCGCCAGAAUCACCCGCUUCUUCUCCACUGCAACCAAGGCAGGCAUCGAACUGGCUGUGCAGUUGCAGUUAUCCGCAAAGUCCUGGGUUGGUCGGUUGAAUCCACGGUCAGCGAGUACACUUCGUACGCCCACCCAAAAGUUCGUCAAGUUGACGUAAACUACAUUCGUCAAUUCGAGAUUGCAAGCUUGGUCGGGAUUAUCGAUCCAAAAACCACCAGGACCGCCAGCUUCAGCAAGCCUCGACCCAUCUCCCGUUCGCAUAAAACGUUCCGGUUCGCGGCCUUCACGAUCUUCGUCUUUAUCCUCUGUACUUUGACAGUCUUCAGAUAUCGCAUAGCAUGAUUCUAGAGCAAGGGCAUAGAGUACAGCAGCAUUUGCUAGGAGUGUAACAAAAGAUAUGACUUCGGGUUGGGAAGCUUCAUAGGGGGGACUGGUAAUGCAGAGCGCAAAGGCCAGGUUAUUGUUUACGGGCGUUUUGAGGGUAUUUUAGUCAAUACAGUCAUACAUGAACUUUGUAUUUGAAUACUGUAAAAUAAGAC